AGUUAUUGAGCUAAAGCUUACAUUCUUGUCAAAAUUCAUAUAUAAACUCUGAGUAAUCCAGCAUCUUUUGACCUAGCCAUCAUGUUCUUACGGGAGGGAAGAAAAGGAAGAGAAAUAUGCAAGAGCCAUGAACUUCCUUAUGAACUCGUGAUCGAGAUCCUCACGAGACUUCCAGCUAAAUCCCUUAUGAGGUUCAAAUCCGUAUCAAAGCUCUGGUCAUCCAUAAUUUGUUCCCAAUAUUUCACCGACGGUCGUCUAAAGGUUUCAUCAUCCCCACAGCGUAUAUACAUGUGGUUGAGCUUCAACAAGAGCCCCUCCCAAAACGUAUCAGUAUUACUAUCAUCAUCCUCACCUGCGGACGAUACUACUAUGUCGUCCUUUGUAGUUGACCAAAAUCUGACUAUCCCAUCAAUGGAAGGCUACUUCGUCUCUCAGGUUUUUUGUGGUUUGAUGUGCUUUAUAAAUGGUCCAAGUGCUAAAAUAUAUAACACUACCACUAGACAACUUGUGGUGUUACCCGACAUAGAAGGAUCCAACAUAGUAGCUGAAGAUCGCCGAAAUAAGAAGUUCAUGUACCAUAUUGGACAUGAUCCCCUUCAUAAUCAAUAUAAAGUGCUUUGCAUAGUUUCAGCACCCAUUGGAAUAUGCUCGAGGUACACGUCAGAGCAAUGGGUCUUAGUACUAGGAGGAGAUGGAUCAAGUCGGUGGAGAAAUAUUUCAAACCCGUGUCCAUCACAUUGUCCUUUCACACAAAGAUUGACUAUCAAGGGACGUGUCUAUUACCUAGCUUGGAUUAUUUGUUUUCAUAGAGUACUUGUCUGUUUCGAUAUUUGUUCUGAAGAAAUCAGUAUGUUCCAAGUACCUGAAGGUAACGCACCCUGGCACUUUGCUCUUUAUACUGAACUUAUAGAAUACGGUGGAAGAGUAGCUGUUUUAUACAAUGAGGAUUUUGACGAGAGAGGUGUGAUGGAACUAUGGGUUAGGGAUGAUGCGGAGAAGAAUCUGUGGUCGAAAAAGACUUUUGUGUUGGAUCCUUCUCAGAUGCAUUUACUCAAUGGCAUCCGUUUCAGGGUACAAGGUACAACUAGAAACGGUGAGGUUAUUUUGGUACCUCAAAAUACAUCUCGUAAUCCCACCACCUGCGAGAUGAUCGUUGAAGAUAAAACUACCACUCGUUUCCAUCUUUUUCUUUACAAUCUACAAAACAACCAUUUGAGAAAAGUUGAAAUCAAAGACACAUCCAACCGCUAUCUUACUAACAUGUGGGACAUUAUUGGAUUAGAUGAUGUUGAAAACUUGAGGUAUCUUUAA